AUAUUAACAAAAAAAAGCUAUUAUUUAGGAUGGAAAGAGAGAGAGAGAGAGAGCGUUGAGUUGAGAGAGAGUCUGAACUAGAUGGGAAAUGAAGGGUACGUACCAUUGUUCGAGACGAGGAGAGCAAAGGGAACAGUCCUGUAUAGGGUUUUUGCAGCAUCUAUAUUUGCAGGAAUAUGUUUGAUUUGGGUUUAUAGAUUGAGUCACAUACCAAAAGAAGGAGAAGAUGGAAGGUUUGCUUGGAUUGGACUUUUGGGUGCUGAGAUAUGGUUUGGUUUUUACUGGAUCCUUACUCAAGCCACCCGAUGGAACCGUGUGUAUAGGCACACCUUCAAAGAUAGGCUUUCUCAAAGAUAUGAAAAUGAGUUGCCGGGAGUGGAUGUAUUUGUGUGCACAGCGGACCCAACCAUAGAGCCGCCAAUUAUGGUGAUUAACACGGUUCUGUCAAUGAUGGCUUAUGAUUACCCGCCGGAGAAGCUGAGCGUCUAUCUGUCCGAUGAUGGCGGGUCGGAACUUACAUACUAUGCUCUCUUGGAGGCCGCUGAAUUUGCAAAGCAUUGGAUACCAUAUUGCAAGAGGUACAGAGUGGAGCAAAGGUCACCUGCUGCUUAUUUUGUCACAGUAUCUGCUGAUGCAAUUGAUCAUCAUCAGGCUAAAGAUUUCUGGGUUAUUAAGAAAUUAUACAAAGAAAUGGAAAAUCAAAUCCAAACUGCAGUGAAGCUAGGCAGAAUUUCUGAAGAAGUACGAUCAAAAUGCAAAGGCUUUUCUCAGUGGGAUCCAAAUUCAUCUAGACGUGACCAUGACACCAUUCUUCGAAUUCUUGUGAGAAACCCUAAUUCAAGAGAUGUUGAAGGGUGUGUAUUGCCAACUUUAGUGUAUUUAGCUCGGGAGAAAAGGCCUAAGCAUCACCAUAACUUCAAAGCUGGCGCUAUGAAUGCUUUGAUUAGGGUAUCUUCAAACAUUAGCAAUGGGCAGGUCAUUCUUAAUGUAGACUGCGAUAUGUAUUCGAACAACUCCAUGGCCAUACGUGAUGCGCUUUGUUUCUUCAUGGAUGAAGAAGAAGGCCAAGAGGUUGCCUUCGUACAGUUCCCACAGAAUUUUGAAAAUAUGACUAAGAAUGACUUGUAUAGCAAUUCUUUACGCGUAAUCUUCGAGGUGGAAUUCCAUGGCAUGGAUGGUUAUGGCGGCACUAUGUAUGUCGGAACUGGAUGCUUUCACAGAAGAGAGACUCUUUGCGGGAGAAAGUUUAUCAAGGGAUCGAAGUUUGAUAUGAAAAGGGAGAUCAGUGGACAAAGAGAAGAAAGUAGAAUUCAUGAAUUAGAAGAAAAUUCAAGAAGUCUUGCAAGCUGUACAUUUGAAGAGAACACUCAAUGGGGAAAAGAGAUGGGAUUGAAAUAUGGAUGUCCGGUAGAAGAUGUGAUCACAGGGCUAUCAAUCCAAUGCCAUGGUUGGAAAUCAGUGUAUUGCAAUCCCACAAGGAAAGCUUUCUUAGGAGUAGCCCCAACUACGCUAACUCAGACUCUUGUGCAGCAUAAGAGAUGGACAGAAGGCGAUUUCCAGAUUUUGUUCACUAAAUACAGCCCUGCAUGGUAUGCACAUAGAAAAAUUAGCUUUGGUCUUCAACUUGGAUAUUGUUGCUUCUGCUUCUGGUGUUCGAAUUCCUUGGCAACGUUAUUUUAUUCGAUUGUCCCUUCCCUUUACCUCCUCAACGGCAUUUCCUUAUUUCCACAGGUCUCGAGCCCUUGGCUCAUACCAUUUGCAUACGUGAUAAUUUCGAAGUACACUUGGAGUUUUGUUGAGUUUUUGGGGUGUGGUGGCACAAUCUUAGGUUGGUGGAACGAUCAACGAAUUUGGCUCUACAAGAGAACAAGUUCCUACCUAUUUGCCUUCAUUGACACCAUUUUAAACUCGCUUGGAUAUUCUGAUACAGCAUUCGUAAUAACAUCUAAGGUGGAUGAUGAAGAUGUGUCAGAACGAUACAAGAAAGAGGUUAUGGAAUUUGGAGAUUCGUCGCCAAUGUUUACCGUACUUGCAACACUAGCAAUUCUCAAUUUGUACUGCUUCCUUGGGUUUUUAAACAAAGCAAUCUCUGGAGAAGGAAUAGCAGAAGCUUAUGAGAAAAUGCCUUUGCAAAUUCUUCUGUGUGGGGUUUUAGUUCUUCUCAACCUACCAUUAUACCAGGCCCUUUACCUAAGGAAGGACAAGGGAAAGCUGCCAAGCUCUGUAGCUUUUAAAUCAAUGGCAUUUGCAGUAUCUGCUUGUAUCUGUUUCCAAUAUUUAUAUUAAAAGAAAUGUGCUAUUAGAACCAUUAGAAAUUGUUAUUACCCCCGAUUGAUGGUCUACCAUGAGGAUUUUAGGGCUUAAGAUGACUUUCUGAACUCUACCCUAAUGAGAUAAUAUGUGAUUUUAUUCCUAUUUCAACUAAAGAAAUGUGAUUGGUCAUCCUCUUUCUUGCUCCAUGGCUUGCUCCAUGCCAAAUCCCUAUGCUAUUCUGAAAAUUAUGAGUUUGGUACCGUAGUAUUACAAUAUGUUCCUAUAAAAGACUACGCAGCGUGCAAUCCCGGGAAUACCAAGUUAAUAUGUUUACAGCAUAAUUGAGGCCCUCCAAUGUGGUAGUUCACUCAAAGCAUGGUGGAACUUACAAAGAAUGUGGCUGAUCUGAAGAAUUACGUCCUACUUUUUCGCCUUCUUUGAUACCAUAAAGAGGCAAUUGGGGCUAUCCGAAACAGAUUUUGCCCUCAUUAAUAAGGUGAUGACAGAGGAUGUGACAAAGAGGUAUGAGCAGGACGUCAUGGAAUUUAGAAGUCCAAGCAUUAUGUAUACCGUCUUGGCAACAUCAGCGUUGCUAAACUUACUGAGCUUAGCAUGGGGAACAAGGAGGGUUGCCAUGGAUAUAGAUUCCAAAGCUUAAGAACAGUUGAUCAGUCAAGUUUUUCUUUGUGGCAUAUUGGUCAUGAUCAACUUACCGGUGUACCAGACGCUCUUCUUCCGUAGCGAUAAGGGUCAUAUACCAUCAUCUUUCUUGUUCAAGUAUGUUUUGUUGCUUACACUGGCAUGCCUGAUGCCUAUUUACUAGGCAAGCUGGCUAGCUGAAAGAUUAAUGAACAGUCAUUGUUUAUGAACUAGCAUUCUUCCUGAAACACCACAUAUUAUAAUUAGAAAGUCAAUCACCAGGAGGCAGUACUGCCACUCAUGAGGUCACAUCGUACAUGGUGUACUAGAUAUCCAGUAGAAAAUAAGAAUGCGGAAUUAGACAAGCGUCCAAUGUAGAAACAUGCACAUUAACAUUAUGAGUGCAAAGAUACAUAUCAUGAUGUGAAUAAAAUUUCGGCAAUAAAAGAA